CAUCUCUAAUCAGCUGUUUUUCAUAGGCAAUUUUCUUAGCGACAACAAAUUGGAUAAUUUCGGAAUUUUAACCAGAAACAAAUGGAUUUUCCGGACAAAAUGGACCUGGAGAACGAGAGGGUGCUGAAGCUGAUAUUUCCCGACGGAGUGCCGGACAACCUGCGUGGCAAUCCGGAGUUAGACAACUACCUGGCCAAACUGGGCACCUGCAAGGUGGAGCAGCUGAAGAAGGAGCAGACGCGCCUGGCGGACGAGGCGCGCAGCAUCCUGGAGCAGACGCAGGACCUGGCCAUCUCCAACUACCGGACCUUCAUCACCACGGCGGAGAACUCGCGUUCGAUUUUCAGUGAGUUCCUGCGAUCGGAGCAGCAGCUGGACACGCUGGUGGGCAAGCUGCCCGAUCUCAGUGUCCAGUGCGAACGCUUCCUGCAGGACUCUGCCGAACUGAACGAGCAGCGGCGCCUCAACUCCAUUACUUUACAAAAGAACGCCCAGUUGUUGGAGGUCCUGGAGCUGCCGCAACUCAUGGAGCGCUGCAUCCGCGAGGGUCGCUACGAGGAGGCCUUGGAGCUGGCCGCCUAUGCCACUCGCUUGGGCCAGCACCAAGGACACAUUCCAGUGGUCAAAAGCAUUGUGCGCUCGGUGGAAGCCCUGUGGCACACUAUGCUUGUGCAGCUGGUGGCACAACUGCGGACCGACUUGCAGCUGCCCAAGUGCUUGCAGAUCGUGGGCUAUCUGCGCCGGAUGCAGGCCUUCGGGGACAACGAGCUGCGCCUGAAGUUCCUGCAGGCAAGGGACGCCUGGUUGACCUCUUGCCUGGAGGCCAUACCCACUGGAGAUGCCCAGCAACACCUAUCCAAAACCAUUGAGAUCACGCGAAUAAACCUUUUUAACAUCAUUACCCAGUACCGCGCAAUUUUUCCGGAGGAGGACGGCAGCUUGAAGACUCAGAGCUCCUUGAGGCCUCUGCAGGGUGUGAGCUGCAAUGGGGACCGACUCUUCCAGGCCUGGCUGCACAAUAAGAUCAACGACUUCUUACAGACGCUGGAGAAGGAUCUACAGCUGGGAGUGGGCUCCGUUGAGACUGUGCUUGGACAGUGCAUGUACUUCGGGCUGUCCUUCAGCCGCGUGGGAGCCGAUUUCCGUGCCCUAAUGGCUCCCAUUUUCGUGGGAGUGAUACGCAGACGGUUUGAGAGCAGUGUGGAGCAGGUUGACGAGCAGUUCGAGAGGGAGUUGGAGAGAUUCACACUGAUCAACAAGGUGGCGCUGCACUCGCACGCCCGCAAGCAGUUGGAUCCCGAGCAGGAGUCCUUUGCGCCGCCGGAAACCCUCUUGGAUUUCUAUCCGCUAGCAGCCCUGUGCAAUGGUUAUCUGACUGCCUUGAACGAACUGCGUCUAUGUGCUCCCUUGGCCCUGGCUACCGAUGUGACCCGCUGUCUGCAGCACUCGCUGCAACUGGCCUCCCAGCGAGUGCUGGCCUUUUAUCGGCAGGAGCAGCAGGCCUUCGCUGGCAGCGAAAGGGAGGCUUUUACUCGACUCUGCUCCUGUCUGGCAUACGACCUGGUGCCCUACAUGCAGCGGUGCAUCCACGGCGUCUUCCCUCCGCAGUCGCUGACAGUUCACUUGGGGAUUAGUCUGCUUCAGCUGGAGCAACAGCAGCUUACAUACCUAGAGCAGGCACGCAUCCUGGAACCCCUGAAGCACCUACUGCCCACCAAGGCUCUGGUGCAGCCGCAGGAAGCCCCCAUUGAAUCGAAGACAAGCGUUGGAGUGCCUGUCACUGCCGAGGGAUAAAGGAAAACAUUCAACACGUUAAUAGGAGUAAUGUAAAAAUGUAUGCAUUAGUUGUAAACUAUAUUCCAAUAUUUAUGUAUCUUUAAACUGCUAAGCUUAUUUCUUUUUAAAGGCACUUAUUAAA